AUGGUUGGUACCACCUCCUUCCCCCGUUCCCGGCCGCGCGGCGAGUCCUCCUCGUGCCUCCUCAACUUGCUGACUCUGGGGCUGUGGUCGAAGUUUGGGCGUCUGACUCACUACGCAUUCGAUGCGGUUCUCAGUUGGUUCCCCCUCCUCUCUUACCGCCCCGAUCCGUCGGACGACAACCGGCUGAUGCUUUUACCUACAGUUUCCGCCUUCCUCGCUGGCAUGAAGCGCUCGACAGGCCUUACUUUCAAGACUGACAGAGCCGCGGGCGAGAACAAGGACAUGUCGAAGUGGAUUGACAAGUAUCUCGGUGUCGGCGAAUGGGUGAUGGACCAGUCGGUUGCGAUCGCCGGCUCCAGCGGAUGGUUUGAGCGUACGCGGUAG